AUGUCAAUACUCGUGCCACCAAUCAAUGUCAAACCAAAGAUAGAAUCAAGCAACGGUGGCAAAUCAUUGGCCAAUAUCAGUCAUUUGGAAUGGCUGACGCUUAAUACAGAACUCGCGGUAGCCGAUAGUCACGGCAAUUUCUUUUUACUUUUGUCUGGUGUCAGUUUGUUAAACCCCAAGAACCUGCUGUUAUCCGGCAAUGGUACAGGUAUUAGUGAAACUCCUGCUAGCAAAAGUACAGGUAAUGGUUCUGGUGCUAUUACCGGUACCGGUACCGGUACCAAUGGCCAUCUUAACGGCGACAUUAAAAGACCCGUCGGCAAAUCAACCAUAAACAAUUCAACCUCCACCACCGUCACCUCCAACGGUAAAUCGUCUACAGACCAGUCCAAACCGAAUAUUAAUCAACCGACUUACGAAUAUACUACCUUCAGCCAUAUGGAACUCAUAUACCGUGAUCUUAACCCGAACACCGAAGAUGAAACUAAUUCAGAAGGGUUCGUUGCAUUCAAAUGGCUACCUACAGAGAAGACACACCCCACUAGUAAACCGGCCACCUUGAUCCAAAGUGAAAGUGACGCCGGAAAAGUGUCGUAUAACUAUGGUGCCCAUCAAUACACUCCCAAAGGUGUAGCCCACCCCAUUGGUACCAAGCAAGCGUGUGUUGCCUUGAGAAGAAACGGUGAGUUUGUCAUGUAUUACCAAGGAGAACAUAAGGUUGAAUAUCAUAAGCUCUCAGUUGCCUUAGAAGAACCGGGAACUUGUGCUUUUGAACACGCGGGUAUUGGCUUUGUUGAUAAAAAUACGAUUGCAGUUUGUGCCUAUGAUUUGUACUCAGAUAAAAUCAAUUCUUAUUUGAUAAAAGUCGACUGGGGUUUUUUGGUUCAAUCUGCUGAUAGACAGAAACAUGACCCUCUGUAUUCCACGCCAUUGGCCAACCAGACUUCUCCUUCGUUAAAGAAGUCAAAAAUAGAAUCAACCAUGUGUAUCUCUCGGAUAAUGAUUACCGAAGAUAAUGACGAAAUCACCACUACUUUAACGUCAAUUGACUUAUUAAAUCCUUCGUAUGAUUCCAACUCAAGACUUGAAGUAUUAAUUACCUAUGAAGUUCAUAAUGGCACUGAAACCAACUCCACUAUUUAUAACUACAGACUUCAGGACCAAUGUGAAAUAAUUUCUAAUUCCUUUCUAGACUUGGGGAUUCGAAAGGGAGUUUCUAAACCCGAAAACUCGCCUAAAACGGUAGAUUAUGGACUCAUUUUACAGCAUAAAUGGAAGAGAAGGGGGAAGAUACAACGCAUAGAACCCUAUUUUCUUGAUACCUUCUUCUUGGUCAUAUACACCAACGGGAAAAUAGAUAUAGUGGAAAGAGAUGGCAUGAAAUUAGUUGAGCUCGAUAAUGGAGAUGUACCUCCGAAAUCUAUUUCCAUAUUGCAACAAGCAGGGUUCCAAUUCCCCGCAAUUAACAAUCCAGAUAAUUGUGAUCUUAUACUUGGAGUUUCUCCCACAGGCCUGUCGAUUGUCUAUGUUAAAGUAGGGAAGAACAACAAUAAUAAUUAUCUUGAAUUAGCAUUGAUAGAAAAGAACAAGUUCUUGGAUUCUUCAGACACAAACUUUACUAUCACAGCAGCUGCAUUUGCAACAUGCCAUUCCUUUUGCUGCUAUACCACUACCUCAGGCGAGGAUUUGAUUCUUUUGAUCCAAAGUGAGGUUUUACGGAUCAGAAACAAUAAUACAGACACAAGUAUAGAACCAUAUAAAAAGUCUCAAGACUUUGCAGAUUCAGUUCUUAAGGCAUCACAUUUAGCAAUUAACUUUUACGUUUCAAAUUAUCAUAAAGAAUCAGUGGAUAGACUUGUGCAGAAUCCUGCCUUACAAAGAUUACUUUCGUUGCAAUUGUUACUUGGAGAAAUGGACGAUAAGAACAGAUUAGUAAAAGAUAUUGCAUGGUCCAUAUUGAAUUUAAGAAGCUCUCGUCUUGGAAUAGCGUUUUUAUUGUCUGGAAUUUAUAAGCAAAUGACCAAACGGAAGCCAUCUGAUGAUACACUUGAGGAUUCUACUUAUCGGGCGGAAUUUAUCAUGUCCCUUAUGGGUAAUGCCAAGUUUCUUAUUGAUUUCUUCAUCUACAUUAAUCAGGAACUUGUACACUUGUGUAUUCAACGGAAAAGCAAAACUAAAAGUCAGUUAACUAUGGAAAACAGUAUUGCUUUGCCCAUGCUUAUUUGCAGGGUUCCACGAUUAAUAUUAAUGUAUGCAUUGAACUCAGUGAUGAAGACUUGUGAACAAUUUAAGAAGAUCCACCAAGAACUUAUGGAGUCAAAUAAGCUCUUCAGCCCCAUGAAAGAAGCCUUGAACAGAUACUUUACCAUUUGCACUUUCCCUCCCAUUGUAUUCUCACUAUUUGAACAAUUCUUAAGAGAAUGCGAUGCCUUAGUAACAAAAGAGUUCAAUGUUCAAGACCAAUUGACGGCAGAGCAAGAUCUUAUUUGUAAAGGUAAGCUCUCGUCUGAAGCUCAUAAUGUUGCCAAUGCUGUUCUUGACAGAUUCAGCACUUAUGUUAAUAGAGACAAUAGAGUAUCUGAACAAUUCUUCUAUGAUGUUGAUUGGCUUGGGAUUGGAAUUUGUAACGACAAGUUCUACGUGGACUCACUGAAGGUUUCAACUACAUCUCUUUAUGUUCCAACAUCAAUGAACUCAUUUCCCAUUUAUCGGUUGCAACAGUCACCUACACAAUGCUUUGAUGCCCUCAGAAAGGUGGGCAUUGAUAUGUCCAAGAGUAAGAUAAGAAAGUGCUCCAAGUGUCGAGGCAUCUCCUUAGCUACAGAUCCUGUGAUAUACGAACUCUCUCAUCCAAUUGGAUUAUGGACAGUACACUUUCAACGUAUGUGUAUUUGUGGAGGAGUCUGGGUUCAUUCAGGCGACCCAAUAUGA